AUGUCGUUCGUGGCUGGCUCACUCGCUGGUGCACUUGUAAUGGGUGGCAUUUACCAUGGGUUUUCGAACUUGAUGCAAACCAGGACUGCCCAGCACCGUGCCGAUAUUCAUAUACUCUCGGAGCGUAUCGCUAACGCCUCGACCACAAUUCCCUCCCCUCCGCCUGCGUCCACGCGCAUAGCGCAUCAUCCGCUUACAUCGCUCAUUCAAUCCAAGUGGAACGAUGAGGUCGCUGGUUUAUUCGGAUCCGCCUGGCGGUGGGAGCAGCGUGCAGUAGAGAUGGGGAAGAAAGUUCUGUAUGGCGACUCAUAA